GAGGCAACGCAAAUUAGUGUGCUUGAUUAAGUGCAGGUGAUCAAAAUCUAAACACGAUGUAUCGUCUAUUAUAUUUUGCUGUUGUGACAAUUGCAAUGGUUAUUGCACAACCUAAGCAAUCAAAAGACGAUUCGACGGAUCCAGUUCCAUAUGCACCGUUCCAGGCGUCAUUCCGAUCGGUACCAGGAUUGAUUCAUGUUUGCAGUGGGUCAAUUCUUUCGGGGCGUUGGAUUCUAACGGCUGCACACUGCGUUCAGGGGCGCACUGUCACAACAACCAAAAUUGUGGUUGGCAGUUACACUAUCAAUCCUCAAGGAGUGGAAUACGACCCAGCAGAAUUUCAUAUAAACCCUAACUUCGAUCCGCUUUUUUACGAACAUGACAUUGCGUUGGUGAGAACUGCCACUGAUAUUGUGCUGAAUGAUGAUGUUCGAGUUAUUACAUUACCUAGCAGCGUGGCUCCCGCUGGAGAACUGGUAGUUCUGACCGGGUGGAGAUCCGAUAUUGCAGAGGAAACUCCGAACGACAUGCAUAUGGCUCGCAAGGUUACUUUGGAUAAUGACGAAUGUGAAACAAUUCACAAAGAGGGUGACUCACAUGUGGAAAUACAUGUGACCAACGUGUGCGCUCGGCCAAGAAUGACAGGAUGUUACUGUAUUAUCGACGCAGGGGCUCCACUCGCCACGGAAGAACUGGAACUUGUUGGGGUAUUUUCAAUUUCAGCCGGUUGCGGGCGUGGACUUCCAGCGGCCUACACGCGUGUCCAAAGUUAUCGUAGUUGGAUCGCUACUGUUACCGGACUCUAAUUGUGUUGAGCCAGAAAAAAUACGAUCCGUUUACAAAGAUUUUCAGUCUAAUCGAACCCACAUGCCACUGUAGUUUUGAAAACAUUAGAUAUAUUGUUUCGGAUUAUUUUCAAACGGGAGAAAAUGCUUUUUUUGCAACAGAAAAAUGUACGCUAUCCGUUCAAUUUACUCAAAAACAUGCGUUAUUCCAAAGUCUCUCAUAGGUAUGUGGUCCACUUGAAGUGUUGUCCCAGGGAUAUCAAUAGAAUUGAUAAUCACAGCACCUGUUUUUGUAUCUUCUCCGUCGGGUUUUCUACUUUUGUCAAUACUACGGUUUGAUUUGACAUAUCGAAAAAUAAAACCAAUUCAGCAGGCAAGGGCGGCGGAAAGAAGUAUACUCCCAUACUGAACUCCACUCCUGGAAAA